AUGAAUACCUUAUUACUAUUAAAGUUAUUAUCAAUACUUGUCGUUUCAUCAAUAGCAAAGCAGAGGAUUCAAUGGAAUUCAUACGUUACUACAAGAAUCGUAAAACCAUUGAUUCGAGAAUUUUCGGAUCCCUGGACGAAAAAUCUCAUUCAAAAUCAAUUCUAUCAUUACAAAACUCAUUUUGGAAUAAUUAUUAAAGAAGGAUCGAAAAUAAGUUUGUCAGUGGAGGCAGCCUCGACAAUAGAAAACUUAUUUUUCUAUUGUCUUGCUGAUGCACCUGAUGGAUCAUUCAACAUAUUGGAUCUUGCUGGGAAAUCGAAUUUUAGUAAAUCCUAUACAGCAUACUAUGAUUGUGUGCCUAUGAUGUCAGUUUCUAACAAUGUUCCAGUAACGAUAAGAAUUAAAACUAGAGAAUGGUUACCAUUACCAAUGUUUGAUUCCAAUGAUGUUACACUUCAUUCUUCAGAAAAGGAUGAAUCUGAAUUUUACCAAAAAGUACAAGUUUACGGAUUCGUUGAAAAUUACUAUACACAAAUGUUGCUCUCAGUGCGAGACAUUGAAAAUUUAAAAUCAUCAUCUUCUAGUCUGUACGUUGGCUUACUGAAUCAAAUUGAGGUAGUUGAGUACUACGACUAUUUGACAACUAUCCAUACUUAUGAGAAGAAAGACAUUCUUUCUUCCCUAAAAUUCAUCGAUCGAACAUCUUUAUUUAUACGCUCAGAAAGAUGCAAUGAAUACAAUGUUCUUAAUUCAGCAACAUGUUCGAAUUUCAAUUUUCAUUGGAUAUCUGUUACUGAUAAUAUUGAAGCAUUUCUACAACCUGAAAGAGGAUCGAGUUGGAUCUUAUUGCAACAGUUUGCCCACUACUACAACAGGAAGGAAACGGAUGUUAGUUUUGGAGAAACGUACAAUUUGUGGAAUGAUAUGUUUGCAAUCAUGUAUCAACAAAGGUUCAGAAAACAAAAUAAUCGCGUUAAUACAGACUUGCCAUAUAAGUUAAACGAUAUUUUUAGUUAUCAAUAUGGAAAACUCUUCCCGCAGUGGAAUUAUGAAGAAAAGUUAAGUUUAUUUAUAAGUCUCUUUGGCUAUGAUGGAACUGACACGAAUUUAAGGGAAUUCCGAAUUCGACAUAUGCCUAACAAUCAGGUUGUAACUUCUUAUUUUCCGAGUAAUAUAGUACCUACUAUUCUGGAAAUAUUUUUUGAUCUGUACGAUAUAAAUUUAUUACCAUUUUUGAAGAAAGUGAUCAAUUUUGAUGAACACAGUUUAUUGAAUUACGAUUUUGAAUUACUACUUGCAACCGGAAAGAAUGUAAUGCCUGCCGUUGAUUCUCGUAUUAAGCCAACCGAUUUAAGUAUCAGAAGUGAGGAACGCGAUUUGAGAGAAAUUUCUCCUCUGAUGUUGAUGACAGAGAUGGAAAUUAAUUAUGUAAAAGUUGCAUUUAAAAUAAUAUCUCCAAUUGAUCUCACGAACUGUUGUCUGUAUUUAAAUAACAAAUGUCACACUAUUUAUUUUUGGAUGAUGCAUUUGGAAUUGCCGGCAGGUGUUUACUCUGUUUAUAUAGCAGAGAAGAAAGGUGAAAAUGUUUACGCUAGUGACAUAACAUAUCAUUCUAUAAAAAACUAUUCGUAUAUUAAGGUUGAUGUGAGAAAUAUUCCAGAGGAUAUAGCUUCGCCCUUGAUUCACUACUCUUUUGAUGUCUUAGAUGUUAAUGACAACGUAUUUAUAAACAUAUUUAUAAAAUACUCUGACAUGACGCUCAGAAUAAAAGAAUUGCAUAAUGAAAUCUCCGGUAAUUCGACAAACGAUGAUGAAUACUUUUCGAUAAACUUGAAGCGAAAUGAUUCGUCCAUUAUGAAAUACAGUUGCAGCCAUUAUUCACUGUACCAGACAUUUUCUCCAGUUUUGCAAGUCAUUAAAAUCAACGAUGAAAUUACUAUUUAUCACCAAGAUGCAGAUCGUUUAAAAUUAAAUUUAGAGUGGGAGGAUCAAGUAGCAGAGAAUAGUUAUACUUUUCUAGUUACAAAUGUCGGUUUGAAUCCAAUCAUUCCAGAAUCAAAAGUAAAAUCUGAGUCUGAUGUUAAAAAAGCUGUAAAUUAUUUUAAUAGGCCCACAACUGCAUUGCAAUAUGCUUUUGAUGCUCUAGGUUUUGGUGACGAACUCUUCUUGAUAAUUCUUAUCGACUACAUUGAUUCAACAAUAACUAUGAAACAAAUCAAACAUAACAUUCAUGGAGUUUUUUGGAAUGAACUUUAUUUUUCGAUAAGUUUAGAAAGAGAUGGUGAUGUUAUUUUUAAACAUGAAUUUUCAGGCGAUACGGAGAAGAAUAAAAGUCUGUUAAAUAAAGUUCACAAAUUCUCUCCGGGUGAUAAAAUUAAUUGCUACCACCGAGAACCAAGAAGACUGAAAUUCAAUUUACCCGAAUAUAAUAGCGUAGAAGAGAAGAAUUCAUUUGUUUUGACCACUGACGGUUUAUAUUCUUUAAGCAAAAAUUCAGUUUACGAUAUGAAGGAAAAUAAAAUUGCUUAUAAAGGCAUCACUGAGAACAAUAAAAGUCUUAUAGAUGAAGUUCACAAAUUCUUCUCGGGCGAUACAAUUUACUUCUAUCAUUCAGAACCAAGCAGACUGAAGCUGAAUUUACCUGGAUAUCAUAGUCUAGGAAACUCUAACUAUUUUCUUUUGAAAAAUGAUGGUUUAUACAAUAUCCAGAAUGAGACGAGUAAUAUUUUGGGUGAAAAAGCACAUACACCCGAACUGCAAUAUACUUUCGAUGCUUUAGGAUAUGGUGACCCACAAAUAUACACAUAA